AUGGAGGAGUCCCGGGAGACAUCGCCGUCCUCCAACAACUCCUCGGAAGAGCUCAGCUCUGCGCUGCAGCUGUCCAAGGGCAUGUCGAUCUUCCUGGACAUACUGAGAAGAGCUGACAAAAAUGAUGAUGGAAAAUUAUCCUUUGAAGAAUUCAAAGCAUAUUUUGCAGAUGGUGUUCUCAGCGGAGAAGAAUUACAUGAACUCUUCCACACUAUUGAUACACAUAAUACUAAAAAUCUGCUCGCUGAUUUUCUUUGUGAAUAUUUUUCCCAGCACUUGGGCGAGUAUGAGAAUGUCCUGGCUGCCCUUGAAGAUCUGAAUCUCUCCAUCCUGAAGGCCAUGGGAAAAACAAAGAAAGACUACCAAGAAGCUUCCAAUUUGGAACAGUUUGUGACUCGAUUUUUAUUAAAGGAAACUUUGAAUCAGCUGCAGUCUCUCCAGAAUUCCCUGGAAUGUGCCAUGGAAACUACUGAGGAGCAAACUCGUCAAGAAAGGCAGGGGCCAGCCAAGCCCGAAGUCCUGUCCAUCCAAUGGCCUGGAAAGCGAUCCAGCCGCCGAGUGCAGAGACACAACAGCUUCUCUCCCAACAGCCCGCAGUUCAGCAUGGGCACUCCAGGCUUACUAGAAGAAGACAACCAGUGGAUGACCCAGAUAAACAGACUCCAGAAAUUAAUUGAUAGACUGGAAAAGAAGGAUCUCAAACUUGAACCUCUGGAAGAAGAAGUUAUUGAUGGGAAUACUAAAUCUCACAUCAUGCUGGUGCAGCGUCAGAUGUCUGUGAUAGAAGAGGAUCUGGAAGAAUUCCAGUUGGCUCUGAAGCACUAUGUGGAGAGUGCUUCUGCCCAAAGUGGGUGUUUACGUAUUUCAAUACAGAAGCUUUCAAAUGAAGCUCGCUACAUUAUUUAUGAAUUCUGGGAGAAUAGCAGUGUGUGGAACAGCCACCUUCAGAUGAAUUAUAGCAAGACAUUCCAAAGAAGUAAUGUGGAUUUCUUGGAAACACCAGAGCUCACAUCUACUAUGCUAAUUCCUGCUUCAUGGUGGAUUCUGAACAACUAGAUAUUCCUAUACAUCUUCAGUAUGGUUUCAAGUGCAAAACGUGUUUGUAU